AUGCGUUACGCUAUGAUUUCCUUACGCCGAAUUAUACUGGGAAUUGUCCUGGUCUAUGUGACUUGGUUCGGAGCCACUUCACUACACCAAUAUCUAGAUCCGAAUACACAUAUAUCAGAGGAAAUGAGAGAGGAUGCGCAUUGGAUCGCAACAUCAAAACACUUUUUAGAUAGGCAAGCAUGUAGAUGGCUUGGUCUUUGUGGGCUUGCUCACUACCAUUCCGAUCCUGCUUGGAAAAGACGAUUGAAUAAGGUUACAAGGGACCAGAAAGUCAUGGCAGAUGAUGGCUUCGAUGCAGAUUGGGUAGAAUGGGACGAUGCCUACAAGAAUGCACCAAAAAUGCGCCCGGAUGAUUGGUAUGGCGAUGAAAGAGUGUUGAACGAAGUUCCAAAAUAUGUUCUUGACCACGCACCUCUCGUACAUCUGUAUUCUGGCGAAAAGUUCUGGCCCGCGGACAUUAAGGAUCAUUUGCAACAUGUUACUCCUUACGAAAACCAUACAUCAUUACAUAUGAAUACUUCCGAGCCUACGCUACACAAUUUACAUCUACUGAACGAAGGACGCAGAGGUCGAGUCUUAUUCAUGCAAAGCAAAGACGAUGUUGAAGAUAGACCAACGUGGCUUGGGAGUGCCUACAACAAACCUAUACCAUAUGAAGAUGAAAUCAAAAUUGAGGAGGAUUGGGAAGUAGCAGAAGAAGAAGAAGAAGAGGAAGAAGUGAAGGAGUUCAUCGAAACCAAAGAGGAUGGCCAGGAAGCCUGGGACGAUGCGAGUGAUGAAGAUAGAAUUAAGAUUGCCGCACCAUUAGAACCAUCUUUUCGCGCACAACCUCAAAUCACAGGACAGCGUCGACGUGAUUUGAAGAAACGUGGAGAUUCUUCGGGAAAGCCAGAUCAAUCGGGAUAUUCUCCAGCUCCGGCGACAUUGAUCAUUGUGGACAAAGGACAUGGUAUCGUUGAUGCGUUCUGGUUUUACUUCUAUUCUUACAAUCUUGGCACGACUGUUAUGAAAAUGCGGUUCGGAAAUCAUAUUGGUGAUUGGGAACAUUCUUUGAUUCGUUUUCACAACGGUGAACCCAAAGCCGUGUUUUUUUCUGCCCAUUUUGGUGGACUAGGAUAUCAUUACAAAGCAGUCGAAAAGGGCCAUGGUCCAGGAAGAGAAGGAAGACCAGUGAUAUAUAGCGCUGUAGGAUCCCACGCAAUGUAUGCUACUCCCGGCACCCAUCCAUACGUUUUACCAUUCAAAAUUCUUGCGGACGUCACCGACAAAGGCCCAAUCUGGGACCCCGCUCUCAAUCACCGAGCUUAUUUCUUUAAUACUUCUCUUACCCAUGAUGUCGAUGCAAGAUUCGCAACCUCCAACUUCCCGGUCCAAACUAUGGUCGAUUCUUUCCAACCCGCGGCUCAAAAUCCCGAUGCGCCUACUGGUUGGUUUUGGUUCAAUGGACAUUGGGGUGAUAAAUUCUACGAGUUGUCCGAUUGGAGACAGUGGAGAUUCGUGGGGCAGUAUCAUUAUGUGAAUGGACCCUUAGGACCGAAAUUCAAGAACUUGGGGAGGAGUAGGGUUUGUCAGUCUGGGACGACAUGUAUAUUGGUGGAUAGUCUAGAGAAGGGGAAACAUAGGAGUUGGGUUGGGAAGAAAUGA